CAACAAAGUUCUUUGCGGUAUCGUUUUUUUUCUAUACUUUACUGUUGAUAGUCGAACAAAAACGGAACAAACCACCCACAUAUGCUUUUGUUAUGCUUUUUCUUUAAUUGAUUACUGCGUGACAUUGAACAGAAAUUAGAGCUUUCAUUAGUAAUACUUUUUUCCGUGAAUUUAUCGAGAAAAACUAAUGUUCCGGUAACUUAAAAAUUUAUGUGAUAUGCCUACGAGAAACGCACAAGAAGAAUAUCCAACAUGGAUCGGGUUUGUUUUUAUCUUUAACCUAAUCGUUGGAACGGGAGCGCUAACGCUUCCGUCGGCGUUCAGUCACGCAGGAUGGCUUCUGGGGUCAGUUCUGAUUGUAGUUUUGGCAUUUGCAAGCUACGUAACCGUAACGUUCGUUAUCGAAACGAUGGCCUGCGCGAGUGCCAUUCAGAACUGGAAACGGCUACAGUUCAUCAAGCGGGAUCGUGUCGUUGAACACGACGAGGACAGCAACGUGGAGAUGAUCACUGAACCACUAAUAGCGACCGUCGAUGGGGACGAUCAGCUGACGGAUGCCAGCAUCGAGCAGACUCCGCUGAAUAUUAUGUACUGCCGAAAUCAAUACUAUAGCCUCUCGUCCAAGAUUGAACUGGGUGAGAUGGCCAACUUGUUUUUUGGGAGGAUUGGACGGUUUUUGUUCUACUUUUGCUUGGCGGUUUAUCUGUACGGGGAUUUGAGCAUCUAUGCAGCUGCUGUUUCGAAAAGUUUAAGGGACGUGAUCUGUUCACACAAUCACUCGACGAAUGCGACAGAUAAUGACGACAUUACAAUACGAUGCUGGGAAGAUAGUGUACUGUCUCGAUUCGAUAUCUACCGGCUUUGCUUGGUUGUUUUCGUUGGUGUUUUAGGACCUUUCGUGUUUUUCAAUGUUCAGAAAACAAAAUAUCUUCAGCUGGUUACUGUUCUAUUUCGGUGGCUUGCAUUUUCCGUAAUGAUCAGCAUUGCUGUUCAUCGAUUAUUUGUGCAAAAGCCCGAUGUUCCAAUCACACCACCAAAAGCCGAUAUCAACGGGAUUCCCUAUCUAAUAGGCACCUGUAUCUAUUCCUUUAUGUGCCACCAUUCACUGCCCAGUCUGCUGACUCCAAUCUCCAACAAACAACGUGUCAAAACGCUGAUCUCAAUGGAUUAUUUUUUGAUUUGUGCGUUUUAUUUAUCACUAGCUUUGACGGGAAUUUUCGCCUUCAGUGACAUCAAGGAUUUGUAUACACUGAACUUUGUCCCAAAUUCGGACCAGGACAGCACCUUCCUGAAAGCCAUCGAAUACUUUCUGGCACUGUUCCCCGUGUUUACUCUGUCCACAAGCUUCCCGAUUAUUGCCAUCACUUUGCGCAGCAACCUGCAGACGCUGUUUCUGGAUACGAAUCAGUUGGAUUCGUACAACUUCUUCCUGCGACGAGUUUUCUUUCCUCUGCUUGCAAUCGUGCCGUCGGUUGUGGUGUGCUUCUUCACCGAGAGUGUCAUCUCGCUUGUUGGCUUCACCGGAUGCUAUGCCGGAACGGGCAUUCAGUACGUGAUACCGGCGUUUUUGGUUUACCAUGCGCGACGAACCUGCGAAAGUAUGAUAGGCCGGGGUAUCGUUAACGAAUUCCGAAGCCCAUUCAAGGGUAACGUCUGGCUGUUGUUGAUCCUUAGCUGGACCGCUGCCUGUUUAGUGCUGGUUUCGAUUGAUCUCAUAAAGUAGGAAGAAGAAAAGCUCAAAUUAAUUAGAGGCAAUCACAGUAGAGCAGAUGGUGACAACAGGCAAAAAACACCCCUUAGAAAAGUUCGAGACUGAUUCUUCAAGCUAAUGAUAUUUUUAGAUUACAUAUUUGUGUUAUUCCGGAAUUUAGUUUUUUUUUACUUCAGUUUGAAACAUAAAUUUCCACAAAACUUAAAUAGGCAGUAUUUAUCGAAUGCAAACGUGCUGAUUUCUUAAGAUUAAUUUAGUCUGGCAAAUUAAUUGAAACCAAACACAAAUAUACCAGUAGAAGAGACAAAAAACUAUUUUAAAAUAUUUACCAAAAAAAUCACAGAUUUUACUACAAACGAAACGCAACCGCUAUAAGAACACUUCAAUAUGUAAAGAAUAGUGCGUCAGACGCUGAUAUUUACUUCUCCGACAAAUCUGAAUGUGACAUAGAAAUCAGUAAGACUAGCGAGAAUAAUAAACCAAUUGUAAACUGGACAGAAA